AAUUCAAUCAAAUUUCUUCAACUCCACUUUCUCUCUCUCGAUCUGUCUCCUUCGUCGAUCUCUCCUCUCGGUCAUUCUUCGAUCAGAUGGCCACGCAGCGCGCAGUCCACCGCGCGACCGCCGCCUCCUCCGUCAAUUCCCUCCGCCGCUUCUGCUCCUCCACCGCCCCCGCCGCCCCUGGCCACCGGCAACCGCCGCAGGACCACAAGUUCCUGUCCCCGAGCCCGUACGUCGGGAGCUGGGAGACGCCGAAGGACCCGAAGGAGGCCGAGGCGAAGCUGGCGGGGCUGAGAAGGGAGUACGCGAAGCAGGUGAAGGAGCUGAGGAAGGAGUACAUCAGGGAGGUGGAGGUGAUGAGGCUGGAGCAGCAGAGGAAGGACGAGGCGAAGAGAGAGGCGAUUAGGGUUGCGAGGGAGGAGCGGAACAGGGUGAAGGCCGCCGAGGCGAAGGUCAGGGCCGAGGAGAGGAUGGUCGCCGAGGAAGAGUUUCGGCGGAUGCUCAUGAAAGAAAGGGCUGAGAAACUUGAGAACUGGAGGAUGAAAGAGAAAUCGAGGGAAGAUAAGACGAAAGAGGCCCGUGAGCUGUUGCGCCGGAAAAGCUCCAUCUGGGUUGAUCAGUCUGAAUUAGAGAAGAAAAUACUGGAAGCCAUAGUUGAUACGACCACCCUGUGAUUUGAAUCGCUCUGCAUAGUUCUGCUAUAACCUGCUCAUUCAUAAUAGACAGUCUCUGGAGUUGGGAGCAUUUUAGAUUCAAAGGUUAGCCGAGGCCGAGUUCUGUGUUGCCUCUUAAGUUUAGAAACUUUUUCCGGCAGAGUUAGUCCUCGAGUUUUGGAAUUGGUGCAAUCUGCAUAUCAUCAUUCCUCAUGCUGCUCAUGUGUUGUAGUCCAUUUUCAUGAGAUCUUUUGGGUAUGUGCUUCAAUACUUAUUCUGAGAAUGUGGCAUGCAAUGUGUUGUUUGACAAAA